AUGACGAAUGUUGUCGGAGAUGACUUGCACGCGCUUAGCGCGCCGCUCUUGGCGCACGAGAGUAGUUCAAAGGCGAGGAGGGAGGAGGGCGUCCUGGAUGUCCCGUCAGUUACAAAUGUUCAUAACAAUCCCCGGGGUCGAUUGGUGGCAGAGCUGCAGAUUGAGACUCUUUCGACGACGUUUGCACGCAUAUUUUUGUAUUCGUGGUACCUCGUUCUUUUCUUGGCGUUGGCUUUCCAGUCGGUGGUUCCGUUGCAGUGGAAAAUGACCAACAUCUGCGGGGACACGCCGGAGAGCCUCUAUCAGCUUGAUACGUGGAGUAGCCCCUGUGUUCAACGCCGUAUGCUGUUAUCCCAUGGUGUUGACGGGCCCAACUUUGCUGUGGGUGGAGAGUUACAUGCUGUUUCCAUGGACGUUUUACAGGAUUUUAUAGUGGGUGAGGAGGCAACGGCAGAAUCGUUGGAGUGUGAUGCCAUAGUGAAUAAUACCCGUCUCCGUCGUCAGUGCAAUCUUCGCUGGGUUGGCAAUGGCCAAGGAAUGUCUUUGGAUGUGAAACUCAACCGUUUCGUGCGUGUCAUUUUGAGCAUGGCCUCUCCAAAAGAUCAGUUACCGGAGGGAAUGGAAUGGAAACGGUAUCCACUUAUGGUGGCCCUCGAAGAGUCGCCACUCUCGCCAGAUGAAGAGACGAGCAGCAGUAGCCGUAUGCCACCUCCGAAGGGUGUCUUUCUUUAUAACACUAGUACAGUGUGCUAUCGCGCCAGCCCGCGCUGCUCUUCCGUGGUGCUUCCACAGACCGUGGCGGUGGCCACGAAAGAGUCGCAAAUUACGCUUACCAUAUUUGACGUGGACGAGGCUCUAGGAAACGUUUCUGCUGCAUCUGCUGUGGGGAUAUUCUUUCAACGAUCUGCAUACACGGUGAGCACUAUUGUGUGCCGCUACGUCUUUCUUUUCUUCUCCAUUCUCCAUCUUAUUCGGUUUAUUUACCGUAAACGGUACUCGAGGACUUUGUAUGAGCAAUACUGGGUGAUGUUUCUGCACCUGGCGCUUUACCUGUACCUUGACCCCUUUUUUGUUGUGGGUAUCUACGCAACUCACAGCACGGCGAUGUAUAAUUUUUUGGAGUUUCGCAUUCCAACCUACUUUGCUGUCUUGCUGAGCUGCUUUAUCUUUGCAUUGAUUACGGCCUCCAUAAACUGGACGGUUUCAGGCAGAGCGACGGCGAGGUUUCGAUCCCUGUCACAGCAUGAUGUAAGAGGGCAAAGUAUUGUGCCGUGCUUCCCUGUGGUGGCCUCUUCACCCCCCUUGGGAACCCCAAGGCCAAUGGCUGGCGUGUCAAGCAUGUUGACAGCACCAUUACAACAGCAAGGUGUUCCCGAAGAGGAACAACACUUGCCAUCAAGGGACAUCUCGCGUCGGGCGUCCUUUGUAGGCUCUGAUGGGGUUCGUCCCAUGGAAGUCUUACAUAGCGCCACUCCGUUGUGGGCGACGAUGUCAAUGACGAACUAUUUUUUGGCGGUGCUUUUUCUUGACAUUGCCCAAUCGUAUUUUGGGGGUUGGGAUUUGGGAACAGAUAUGGCAUGUGUUAGCUUUGCGUGUUUGUAUAUUCGUUACACUCUUUACAGUCUCAUGCUGAUUUUUAUUGUUAUGUGUUGUGUGUUUCUGGUGCAGCUUCAUCGCAGUCUUGGCAGACGCCCGUACUUGGAGACGCGGCCACAGCAGCUGGCAUGUCGUGUGUUUAUUUUUGUCUUUACGACGGCCUUGAUUUACUUUGUUGUGCAGGUGAUUUUGAUUGCGUUUCUCUACCCUCAGAUUCUUGGUAUUGUGGCGUACCAGCCAUUCACGCAGCUCUCUUCGGUGAUUGUAUCGACCUUUUUUGUCAACUAUAUCACGUUUGUCUACACGACCACGGUUGCCUCACGUCGUGUACCGAUACGCCCUGAGAAUCCACAAUGGCGUCAUGUUCGUUGGUCACGCGAGUGGUAUCGCUGGCUCAACCUCCACGGUGGGAUAUUGUACAUCUUUCACAACGAGCGACAGGAGAGAUACUUUAAUUGGCUGCAGAACAGCGGGAAUACGUUCACAAAGGGACAUGGUGGGGAAAGCGAUUUGGCGGGUAAGCGAGAGUGCGGGGAUGCAGAAAAACAGUCUGCACGAGAGUGUGGUGAUGCGAAUGCCUUUGCUGUCUCCUUCGAGCGUGAAGGGGCGGCAUAUUAUCAAACAGCGGCAGCGGGGGGUGAAGGUAAUGACCGGAACUUUUCUCCAGAGAGCAGCGAGAGCGAGAGCGAUGAUAUCUGCAUGGAUUUACUGACGGAGAGUUCGCAUUCUCCCCGAAUCCCGCAGUCCCGGAGUGGGGUGGUAGAGUUUCUAGAGAAGGCCGAGCGCCAAUUGAUUGAUCGACCCGCUAUUUUUAUUGACCACCUCGAGGAAGCUCUGGUAGACCCGCUACAGGCUCUCCUCUUUCGCCGAAGGGGCCGAAUGCCUUUUUUCAAUCUGGAGACCGCCAUCGACUGUCUCAACUUGUCAUGGGAAGCGUACCUGACGACAGAGCGGGUAGAAGAUACGGUGGAGCUUGCAGAGGAGCCCGACACCGGUCUGUUUCAGCGGCUUCAGCGUCGUUAUUUCUGCCGCGGUUCCGCGUUUGGCGGGGAGACUAAUAAUAAUAGUGGCGACGGCGGCGAAAUAGGGGAAGCCAAACAGCGUGACCGCCACAAUUGCAGUACGCAUGACAGCAACGAAUCUGGGAGAGGAAAUUAUACAGGUACCGAGGCUCCCGCCGUGUCUGUGGGGGAAGAGUCAUUGCCUGCUUUAGGGAUGAACACGGAGCAGUACGGGUACAAACAGCUUGCCGUGUUUGAGGUUCGUGAUGUACGGGUGGUUAUUACUGUCAUGGACACGACUCUUUCCUGCCAUCAUCGUAAGCUUCCGCGUCUUGUGAUAGCGUUUCGCGGCACCGACAAUUUUUCUAACGCCCGCGAGGAUUUGCGUUUCCGACAACGCAUUUGGAGAGAAGUUGACACCCUGCGGAAUUGGGGCCUCAAACAGCGUGCUAAAGUGCACACUGGAUUUCUCACCAUGUGGCUUUCACUCAAAGAGGGGGUGCUUCGCACGAUUAAAUCAUACUUGAGUGAACACCGCGAAAAGGUCUGUAGUAUGUUUUGCACGGGGCACAGCCUGGGUGGCGCGCUUGCCUGCCUCUGUGCAUACAGUUUGCAACGCAUGCUACGUCUUAUGGCGUAUCCACUUCUGGAAGUGACUGUUUACACCUAUGGGCAACCGCCAAUUGGCAAUAAGGCCUUUCAGACUGCCUACAACAAGGCCGUUCCACGCACUUUUCGUGUAGUGAAUGAGAGUGACGUGGUAUCCUUUCUUACACUCUUUGGGGGUUGUCAUGUUGGUAUUGAGGUGGACAUUGAUCGCCAUGGCAACUACAUCUGCAAGCCAAUGUUUAUUGAGCGGUGGUUUCGUCCUACGCAGGGCAGGGGGUUUGCCGUUGCAAAUCAUACACUUGCCUCUUAUGCCCAAUCCCUCAAUGCUGUGGCGACGCGGAAUGGUGGGGAUUCCUGCAAACUGCGUUGCCUGGAGCCGUAUGUCAGUGCCACGGAGGUGGUGUCGGGUGCGACCUCACCAGAGCUAGCACAUUCCUCCUCCGUCGUCCGCGUGGAACAGUCUCCGCUUGUUGCCUGA